AUGCUAUUCAGAUCAGCUGAAGCGGCUGCUUUAUCAGCGCAGGUUCCGCGGCAAGGAAAAACUUGCUUUUACGCGUGGGUUGACCAAGCGCUCGAAAAGGUCGGCUUCUACUUUGCUGUGCAAGAAGGUGGCGACUUUGAUACCGACUAUGUUGUAAUGUCACCCACAGACAAAAUCAUAUUGCAAGGAGAGAAGUCAUCACAGGAAGAUUAUGUCUUCACGGCAAACGAAUUUGGCGAAUACAGCUUCUGCUUCGAGAAUGGCUCUAGCACAAAGGAAGAAAAACUCGUAUGUAUAUUUCAUUAUUUUCCAUGA